UUUUCUGACGUUUCAGUUGUAUAUUGUGUCUGGUGUCUGUGUUAGUGUUUUAUAGAUCGAAAAAUUUGAAUAUUUCACAAUCAAAAAGUAGGUGGGAGCUAGCAUGACCAAUAAUAUGAGCCAUAUUGUGAAGUUGACAAAUGAAAGCAUCACAAUGAAAAUUCCACUGGUUGAUUUUGGUUCCCUAACUUUAAGGGAAACCAACUUUUGAUUUGUACUAUUUCUUGUAGUUAGUGUUUUUAUUUUUGUCAUUUUUAAUGACCCCAUUAUUCAUUGUCUCCUUGUUUGUUAGAGUGAGACAAGAUUGGCACCGACCUCAUCAAUUUUUUUGGCUGUGGUUUCUUGAAUGAUCUAUUGUUUUCUGUGUGACAGGAAUCAAAGGGUUGAUUCUGAGGUUGAAAUAGAAGAUUUUUGCACACUAACUGUUUGUCCUAUUGACUCAUUGGAUUUUAUUUUAAGUACAUAGUCCUAAAAAUGUGUAGUUUCAACUUGCAACUUGCAAGAGAUUGUUGGUGUUUAUAUAGAAAUUGAAAUUCUUUCUAUAGAAGAGUCUUAAGGAGGGUGAACAAUUAUAGGAUUCUUAAGGAUAAGGAUAGUGGUAGACAGAAAAGAAAACUUAUGGAGGAAAUAACUUCGACGGUUUCGGUGCCAUUUCCACUUGGGAAUUUAAUAUCAAAAGAGUCAGCAGUGACAACACAAAUGGAAAUAUCUAGUUUAAAGCUUAUGGCAAAUACUGCAACUGUAUUGAUAUUAAAUCCUGCUUCCGUCGAGGAUUGUCAAUCGUUUUCUGUUGGAAGUGAAGAGGACGUCGACAUGUAUAUUAGUCCACAACAAAACCAAAUAUCAGUGUCUUUGGAGGUUAAGGAGAAUCAAGUUGGAGCUGAAGUGGUCUCUGAAAUGGUUCAUGAAAGUGACACUAGCGGAAGCUAUGAAGAUGAGUUCAAAAUACAUAACGAUUUUCAGCGUGUACAUAAUCCAUCCUCUCAGUCUGCAAUUUUGAGGACUAAUUUGCCUGAAAUGAACACACCGAAUACUAUCAUGGUUGAUGAUGAUAUCAAUGAUAUGUCUAGUUUGAACGAGACGACGAAGAACCUGGCUUCUGUUGUGACAAACUGCGAGAGUGAAGGUGGAAGUAAAUCAGAUGGUCCUGAUUCAAAGCCGAUUGCUGCUGUUCAUGAGACGCUAGAGAAGCAAACAAGCACAACAAGCUGUGAUAAUGGUUUGGAAUUGGGAGAAACUCCUCUUUAUGGUUUCUCAUCAGUUAUUGGAAUGAGACAAGAGAUGGAAGAUGCUAUUGUUAUUAAGCCUCAACUUUUUCAAGUACCUUCUAUGUUGCUAAUGGAGGACCAAGUGAAUGAAAACACAAAACACUUACUGGCACACUUUUUUGGUGUCUAUGACGGACAUGGAGGAAGUCAGGUUGCCAAUUACUGCCAGAAACAUCUUCAUUCGGUUUUGGUUGAGGAGAUAGAAGCUGCGGAAUCCAGUUUAUCCGAAAAUAAUGAAAAAGACAAUCGGCAGGACCGAUGGAAGAAAGUACUCACCAAUUGCUUUCAAAAAGUAGACGAUAAGAUUGUAGGAAUUGAUGAAGCUAAUCGUGAAAAAAGCGGUAAUGAUGGAUCUGAGUCAACUACCGAAGAAACUCUUGCUCCCGAGACUGUUGGAUCCACUGCACUGGUUGCAAUUUUGACUCGAACCCACAUAAUAGUCGCGAAUUGUGGGGAUUCACGAGCGGUCUUGUGUCGAGGAAAAGAAGCACUGCCAUUGUCUACUGACCAUAAACCUAAUAGAGAGGGUGAAUGGGAAAGGAUAGAAGCCGCCGGAGGAAAGAUCAUACAAUGGAAUGGAUACCGAGUUCUCGGUGUUUUGGCAGUGUCAAGGUCAAUUGGUGACAAAUACUUGAAACCAUGGAUAAUACCAGAUCCAGAAGUCACAAUUGCCCUCCGAGAAAAAAACGACGAAUGUCUUAUUCUAGCGAGUGAUGGUUUAUGGGAUGUAAUGACAAAUGAAGAAGCCUGCGAGAUUGCUCGAAAGCGAAUCCUUAUUUGGCAUAAGAAGAACGGAACCAAUGUCUCAACCGGACAAAGCGACGGAGUUAAUCCUGCAGCUCAGUAUGCAGCAGAGUAUCUAUCAAAACUUGCUCUUCAAAGAGGAAGCAAAGAUAACAUCUCAGUUAUUGUUAUAGACUUGAAACCUCAAAGAAAUAUCAAGAGAAAAGCAUAAAAUAGAUGCUCCUCAAUUAAAAUAUUUAUAGCUAUAUUAAUAUUUUUUUUUACAAGUAUGGUGGCAAAUUUAUUUAGCCCUUUAGUUUUUUCAUAAGGGUUAUUUUUUUACUAUAUUUUUAAUGAUGUAAAGUUUUUAUGUUAGCUAUAGUUUUAAAUUUUAAGCAAGGAAAAUGUAUAAAUGCAUGUAAUUUUCAUUUUUUAAAU